CUCCCUCCCUCCCUCCAAAUCCACCAAAAUUCCUUCCUGUUUCUACCUUCCUCCCUCCAAAAACCUUCCCUUCUCCAAUGGCGUUUUCCUCCAUCUUCAACCCUUCUCUAUCUCUAUCUCUAUCUCUUCUCGUAUCUCUAUUCUUCUUCAAUUUUCUUCUAUUAGCUUCGUCGGUCGAAUUAGUUCUUCCAAUUGACAACAAUGGCGCCCACACCCACACCAUCCAUCAAUCCAAUCAAUCCGAAUGUGCACUGUUUAUGGGUUCAUGGGUUCACGACGACUCUUACCCCAUCUAUCAAGCCUCUUCUUGUCCCCUUAUCGACGCUGAGUUCAAUUGCCAAAUGUAUGGCCGACCAGAUUCCGAUUAUCUCAAAUAUCGAUGGAAACCUGCAAACUGUGAACUUCCCAGAUUUAACGGAUUGGAGUUUCUGACGAAGAUGAGAGGGAAAAAAGUGAUGUUCGUCGGAGAUUCAUUGGGAAGAAACCAGUGGGAGUCGUUGAUUUGUAUGACAUGGUCGGCGGUGCCAACGGCGGCGACCAAGAUGAAUAGAGGCGAUCCUCUCUCUACAUUUAAGUUUUUGGAUUAUGGGGUGGACAUUUCGUUUUAUCGAGCACCAUAUUUGGUGGAUAUUGAAUCGGUCGAAGGUCGACGGAUACUGAAAUUGGAGGAUAUUUCGAAGAAUGCACGGGCGUGGAUGACCGCUGAUGUUCUAUCAUUCAACACUGGUCAUUGGUGGACUCAUAAAGGCUCCCUUCAAGGGUGGGACUUGGUUGAAUCGGGCGGGUCAGUUUCUAAGGAUAUGGAUCGACUGGCAGCACUGUACAUGGGCCUGAAAACAUGGGCCCAAUGGGUUGAUUCUAAUGUUGAUACCACUACCACCAGAAUCUUUUUCCAGUCCGUUUCUCCAACUCACUACAACACAUCGGAAUGGUCAGCUGGUGCCAUUAGCACUGGGAAGACCUGCUAUGGGGAGACAACUCCGAUGAGCGGGUCCGGCUACCCUGGGGUCUACCCGGAUCAAAUGAAGGUCAUUGACACCGUAAUCCGAGAAAUGCAAAAUCCUGCAUACAUACUUGACAUAACGACCCUAUCGGCAAUGAGAAAAGACGCACAUCCGUCGAUCUAUAGUGGAGACUUGAGCCCGGGUCAACGAGCUAACCCUGACCACUCUGCUGAUUGUAGCCAUUGGUGUCUUCCUGGUUUGCCUGAUACAUGGAACCAACUGUUCUAUACUGCUUUGUUCUUUUAACAUUAUGUAUUUAUGAUUUAUAUGUAUAGGAAGUUUAAUGAGAUUUUCAUAGUCAAUAGUUCAUAAUUAAUUAAGGUUAUGUUUUAGGAUUUUACAAUAACUGUAUCCACCUCCAAUCAAAUGUAAUUUGUGUGCAAUAAUUUAAAAAUGUAAUGGUUUUUUUUCC